GUUCCCUUUGAUUUUGUUGCGCCGUUUUCAUGUCAGCAUAAUUAGCUGAAAGGGCUGCAGUGUCCAAACCCCUAAGUAACACUGAAGAAAAGAUGGCGUCCAGCUCAGAGCAGGAUUGUCCACUUCAAGAAAUUCUGUUUAAUCGACCUUUUGAUGAAAACUAUCCAUUGGUUUCUAGCAAAUUUAUUUGUCCUGUGGAAAUUCUCACCUGUAACGGAGUCACUCCAACUGAAUUUAGCCAGGCUCGGUUCCAGCUGCAGUACAACAGAGCAGGUCUAUUAUGUGGGCUAUAUCGAGUAGAGUGGAUGUCGCUUUACAUGAUGCUUGCAAAUGAAGUUGAAGAUAAAGCUGAUACCACAGACAACUUAAAAAACUUCUUUAUGAACAAAAAACAUGAAACGUGUCUGAAAAAAUUGCCAAAUAUGAAGACAAAAGCAAAUAUACAAGCAAUUUUGGCAGUACAUUUGUUUGGACCUCUGGCUGACGAUGGUUCCUGCUUGGUUGAUAAGAAUCAGUUUGGCAAGGGUCCAAAGACAUGUCCUGGAUGUAAUGAAAAGAUCAAUCUAGGAGACACAUCAUUUGGAAAUAGAGAAGUAUGGCACGGAUAUGCAGAUAUAAUUGUUGAAAACAGUGUUGUAAAAGUGGAAGCAUCCAAAAACUGCCAAGAUGAAAGUAAUGAACAGAAUGAUUGUGAUCCUGGGAAUAGGUACGUCAAACGGGUUGAAAGUGGCGAGCCAGUCCAGAAAAGACAAAAAACUAGUAGCAUAGAUAUACCUAGUAAUGCCAGUGAUUGCAGUCUUUCAUCUGAUAAAGACUUGGACUAUGAAAGCAGUCAGAAUAUUGUUGAAGUUGAACAAGCACCUUCUGGUAAACUGCCGUUUUAUCAAGCUUUAGCACAAACCAUUACAAAUGCUUUUCUGCGGGUGAAUGAAUUACCAGGUUGUGAGGUUGAAGAUUUGCUAAUACCUUCAUUUUUGGCAACUGAAAAGUUUGUACGUAUACAGAUGUACUGUUGUUCAAAAGAUUUACUUCUCAUCAGUGAAGAUUUGCCUUUGUUUGACCCAGCUACAGGUGAUCUUGAUAUUUCUUCUGUAAUUUAUCUUUCGUUGGCAAUGAAUAGUCAUUUUCCUGCAAAAGACUUAGGCCUUAUGGGUGAGAAACCAUCCAAAUUUAGGGAAUAUGUUACCAAGUUUGACAAAUACAGCUGUUUUAGUGAUGGCAUAUCACAGCCGUUAACCAUUCAUGGCGAUGAGACACAGAAACCAGUUUUUCAAUAUUCACCCCUUUUCGAAUUUCCAGAUUUUAGUAAGUAUUUGACCGCAGCAAAGAAGAUUUACAGCAAAGCAAACAGAACCUUCUAUGGCGGGCAGUAAAUCAUAAUGUUACAGUUAUUUGCAGAAACAUCUUUUGAUAACAUUUGAGCCACGCCAUGGGAAAACCAACAUAGUGCGUUUGUGACCAGCAUGGAUCCAGACCAGCCUGCGCAUCUGUGCAGUCUGGUCAGGAUCUAUACUGUUCGCUUUCAAAGCCUAUUGCAAUUAGAGAAACUGUUAGCAAACAGCAUGGAUCCUGACCAGACCGCGUUGAUGUGCAGGCUGGUCUGGAUCCAUGCUUGUCACUGAAAUGCACUAUGUUGGUUUUCUCAUAACAUGGCUCAUUUAUGGUUGCUCUUUGCGCUUUCUGUUUACUAUUUUAUGUGGAGGUUUAUUAAGACUUGUUAUAGAGUUUUACUAAGUGUAAUUAAAACUGAAGUUAGUUCUUACCGGAAUAAAUAUCAAAAUAUGAAGGA